AUGUCAAGCAAACUCGAAUUAGGACACGAAAAGCAGUCUAAAACAGAGGGCAUUUAUACCGCAGCUUUUCCCUCAGAAAGGGCAGCAGCACUGCCCUCGUCAGAACAACCGCAGCAGCCUCCUCAAGCCGUGGAAGAAGAUGGGGCAAGUAGUUUCGACCGCUAUAGCUGGAAUGGCUCGGACGACCCGGAGAACCCGUACAACUGGCCGUCCCUCCGCAAGAUAUCGAUCUCGGUCAUCGUGUCAUUCGGGCAGCUGGUGACGCUCAUGUCUACGUCCAUGAUGGCAGCAGCCCUGGGCCGCAUCAGUCAUGACCUGGGAAUUGACGAGUCCACGACCCAAGUCACCUUCUCCAUUUUUAUUCUCGGCCUCGCCUUUGCGCCGUUCCCUAUCGCUUCCUUCUCAGAGAUGUACGGGCGCAAGCCGGUGUGGCUUUUUUGCAACGCCUUUUACGUGCUCUGGAACGCCCUCUGCCCUGUCGGCAGCUUGCCAGCACUGAUGAUUAUCAGCAGAUUCCUGGCCGGCUCAGGUGCAAGCUUGACGGGCCCUAUCAUGGCCGACAUGUACCGCAAGGAGGAGCGCGGCAAGUCUCUUGCUAUCGCAACCUUUGUGCCAUACCUCGGACCAGCGCUAGGCCCCAUCGUGGGCGGCAUCAUAACACAGAAGCUGGAGUGGCCGUGGCUGUUCUACCUCCUCAGCAUCUUCAACGCCGUCAUCUGGGUUGUUGGGCUGGUCUUCGUACGGGAGAGCUACGGUCCUGUGUUAAUAUCUCGCAAACGCAAAGCAGAAGCUGCCUCGGGAGCCUCAUCGACAGGGCCGACAUCGCUUAAGGGGGCUUCUUCCAAGAUGGUUGCCAACCUGCGUCGACCGCUGCAGCUGCUCUGGCAACGGCCGAUCAUCCAGGUUAUAGCCCUAGUUAUGGCCCUGAACUUCGGCGUCUACUGCCUUCUACUGUCCACCUUCGCAACACUGUGGAUCAACCGCUAUAGACAGUCUGAGUUCAUCAGCACGCUCCACUACAUCUCCGUCUCAGUAGGCACAACUAUUGCUACGCAGGCUGGGGGGCACUUUAUGGACUGGGUCUUCGCAAAACAGAAGGCGCGUUCACCAGACGGUAGUACAAGUCCUGAGUUCCGCGUUCCGUGUCUUGUUCCGCCCGUCAUCCUGAUCCCUGUCGGCCUCUUCUGGUACGGGUGGGCGGCUGAGGUGGGCGCACACUGGGCGGUAGUAGAUGUUGGGGUGGCUGUUUUUGUGUGUGGCAGCUUUCUGCUAGCACAGGCUAUGCUUGCGUACCUGCUUGAUGAGUUCUCUCACGCGGCGUCAGCAAAUGCAGCAAGUCGCAUGCUCUCUAACGUGAUAGGCUUUGUGUUUCCUAUCUUUGCGCCGCAGCUGUUUGCACGUUUGGGGUACGGAUGGGGCAACAGCAUGCUUGCCUUCCUGUUUAUUGGCCUCGGCUGGCCGGUGCCGCUGUUGCUGUGGGUGUGGGGGCCUAGACUGAGAGCCCUGGGUCGGAUAAGACACUAG